AUGGCCGGCAUGGAGCAAUUAGAAAUUCAUAGCAAGUCGUAUAUUGUUCGAUGGGUCAAGGUUGAGGAGAAACACACAAUCUCAUGGAGUGUUCAACCGCACAAAAAGUCCAUAAACUUUGGAAUUGUCAAGCACCCAGGAACAGGGUCAUCAACCAGUGUAGCCUCCACCCCGCGACAACCCAAUUUCGACGAUGCCGUUCAUUCCCUUCAUCCAGAUUCUAGUUCGCAGAGAAGACUAUCCGCUACCACCGAUUCGAGAAACGAUUCUUCCACCGCACAAGACCAGUUGAAAGCAAAAGGUUUCAUAUUAGUUGAAUGGUGUGGGAAAUGCGAAGCAGACAAGGUAUCCAUGGGCACAUUCGCGGUGCCGGUGGGUCAUGGGGGAAUGUACGGCUUGGUAUUCGACAAUACAUUCUCGAAACAAAUAUCGAAGACUGCCACUUUCGUUCUUCUGACAUAUCCAUCUAAUUCCCCUCCCCAUUCGAGCAAUCUCCAAAAGCUACAGGGUCUGGAUGGUUCGCAUGCACAGAACAGCAGAAAGCCAAGUCCAAAUCUCUCAACCGCAGCUUCGGAGUCCGUUGAAAGUUUACAGAGUACGGCGAUGGGCAGAGGUGCUAGUAGAGGUUCUAUGAUUAGCAGGAAUGAUAGUGAAGGUGGCUUUUCAAGCUACCAUGUAGGUGUUUUACAAAAGAGAAGAAGAAAGAAGGGACAAGGCUAUGCUCGCAGAUUCUUCUCUCUGGAUUUCGCAAGUUGCACUCUAUCCUAUUACUAUAGUCGCAAUUCGUCGGCACUUCGAGGAGCCAUUCCAUUAAGUUUAGCUGCGAUUGCAGCAGAUGAGAGGAGGAGAGAAAUCAACAUCGAUUCUGGUGCUGAAAUCUGGCAUUUGAAAGCAAACAACGCCAAGGAUUUCGAGGAAUGGACCAAAGCUUUGGAGAAGGCUAGCAAUAAUGCUAGAGGCCCUAUCGGAGGGGUCGAAUUGGAAUCAAUUCCAACACCGAAUGUGGGAUUGCAAAUCAGGACCAGCUAUCUACAGGUCCCAUCAAAUAAAGAAGAAGAAAAUGAAUGGGUUCAGAUUGAAGGUCUUGUGAGUAGGAUUGUAGGAACUAGGGAUGCUGUUCGUAGAUUAUCGAAGGAUACCGCCACACCAAAUAGGCGACACUCACAUCUUCUUGGGGCACCUUCCGGAAGUCCUCUCGUCGAAGAAAGUGCUGACUAUUUUGCUCCUCAAACCAACCAAACCAGUCAAACGAAUGAAAAGAGACCUUUUUGGAAACGAAAGCCGAGUACACCCGCACCUGGUACACCGACAACGAUGCAACGCGGUGUGACCGCACAACUUGCAGUUCCAGUGCCCGCGGCAGCGUCUGCUGUUAGUGAGAUCGAUGUAAAUGGCUCAACCCCCCGAAAAUCGCGUACUUCACAUGAAGAACAGAACAUUCAUGACCAUUGCACAUCUUUACUCAAGGAUCUAGACGCAGUUCUCUCAGACUUUCAAACUUUGAUAGCUAGCAGUAAACGUCGCCGUGCAUCAAAUGCUGCACCUAUGUCUGCUAGGUCUACACACAGUAUAGAAUCAGCUUCUACAGGAGAAUUUUAUGACGCAGAGGCUGGAGAUCCGGACCAUUCACAGGUUAUGAUCAUCAAUCGCAAGAGUGGGGAAGAAGAAACUAUAAAUUCAGAAACAGAAGAGGAGAAGGAUGAUUGUGGUGCUUCUACGUCUUCUAGUGGAGGAAGUGAAGAAGUCGAACAUGUGAAUGGUGCAGCAGCACUAUUCCCAAUCAAGCCCAAAAAUCUAGAUCCUUUACCAAUCAAGGCAGCACCAAAACGUCGAAAAGCUAUUCCACCUGCAACAGUUAUGCCUCCCAGUUUGAUCGGAUUCCUUAGAAAGAACGUGGGUAAAGAUUUGAGUACUAUCAGUAUGCCAGUCUCAGCCAAUGAACCUCUAUCGUUAUUACAACGCGUGGCAGAACAGCUUGAAUAUUGCAACCUCUUGAAUACAGCCGCAGAUCAAAAGGAUCCGAUAAAAAGAUUGUUACAUGUAGCAGCAUUUGCAGUAUCACAGUUUAGUAAUAAUCGAGCUAGAGAGCGUGCUAUUCGUAAACCUUUUAAUCCUAUGCUAGGAGAAACUUUCGAGCUUGUGAGAAGCGAUCAAGAAGUUCCGGGAGGGUUUAGACUGUUGGUGGAAAAAGUCUCGCAUCGUCCGGUUCGGAUGGCUUGUCAAGCCGAUUCGGCUAAAUGGUCAUUGGGACAGUCGCCAGCUCCAACCCAAAAGUUCUGGGGGAAAUCGGCGGAACUUAUUACAGAUGGUCGUGUAAGAAUGGUUCUGAGACUUCCGGAUGGUAUUGAAGAAAGAUAUACUUGGAAUGUGGCGACUGUGUUUUUGAGAAAUGUAGUGAUGGGGGAAAAAUACGUGGAACCGGUCGGAAACAUGACGGUUACGAAUGAAAGUACAGGAGCAAAAGCCUUGGUAGAAUUUAAACAAAAGGGUAUGUUUGGAGGUAGAAGCGAAGAUGUAGGCGUGGAAGCAUAUGAUGGGGAAGGAAAACAUACGGGGAUUAGUCUCCAGGGAAACUGGACCAGUUCGCUCAAACUGGUCGAAGCGGGACGUUCCGGGACGGAGAUCUGGAAAGUGGGAGAGCUGGUGGAUCAUGCGGCGAGCUGUUAUGGGUUGACGACCUUUGCGGCGCAACUUAAUGAAAUUACGGAGAUUGAGAUGGGGAAGUUGGCGCAGACGGAUAGUAGGUUGAGGCCGGAUCAGAGGGCUGCCGAGGGCGGGAGGUUGGAUGAGGCGGAAGAUGUUAAGGCGAAGUUAGAGGAGGCGCAGCGUAGGAGGAGGAGGAGUAUGGAGGAGAGGGGGGAACAGUGGAGGGCGAAGUGGUUUGUUAAGGUUGAGGGGGGUGUGGAGGAAGAAGGGGAAGAGGUGUGGGGAUUGAAGGGAGGGAAGGAUGGGUAUUGGGAAGAGAGGGAGAGGGUUGCGAGGGGAGAGGGAGGAUGGAAGGGAGAGAGUGUUUUUGAGGUUUAG